CCUCCGCCUCCGCCAUUUAGUCCUUCCCGGCGCCGCGCCGGAGCGCCCGGGUGAAGCGGCGGGGUCGGUCCGCUCCGGUGCCGCCCGUUCCGCGCGGGGCUGCGCGCCCGUCCGCCGUCCCGGCACCAUGUCGAGCCUGCACCGGAGCAGAAUUGCAGAAUUUGAAGACAUCCUGAGCGAGCCCAACAUUGUGCUGCAGAAGCUGCGUGAAUUUUGUUUCCAUGGAAUUCCUUUUGAAGGUGGUUUACGCUGUCUCUGCUGGAAGAUCCUCUUAAAUUACCUUCCUGUGGAAAGAUCUGCUUGGAGUUCCCAGCUGAAAAAGCAAAGAGAACUAUAUGCCCAGUUCUUGAAGGAAAUGAUUAUUCAACCAGGAAUAGCUAAAGCUGAACUUGGAGUCUUCAGGGAGGACGUCACCUUGGAGGAUCAUCCACUGAAUCCAAACCCCAACAGCCAGUGGAACACUUACUUCAAGGACAACGAAGUGCUGUUACAGAUUGACAAGGAUGUCCGGAGGCUAUAUCCUGAUAUGGCCUUCUUCCAGCGUCCAACUGAGUAUCCUUGUCUGUUGAUCCUCGACCCCCAGAACGACUUUGAGACCCUUCGCAAGCGAGUGGAACAGACGACCCUCAAAUCACAGACAGUGGCCCGAAACCGGAGCGGGGUCACCAACGUGAGUUCACCAGUUAAAACACCAGUGGUGGGCGAAUAUGAAGUUCUGCCUGAUGGCUCAGAAGCCCACUGGGAAGUAGUAGAACGAAUCCUCUUCAUUUACGCAAAGCUGAACCCCGGAAUUGCCUACGUCCAAGGGAUGAACGAAAUUGUUGGGCCUCUUUAUUACACGUUUGCUACAGACCCCAACGGCGAAUGGAAAGGGCACGCCGAGGCCGACACCUUCUUCUGCUUCACGAACCUCAUGUCUGAGAUCAGGGAUAACUUCAUCAAAAGCCUGGAUGACUCUCAGUGCGGCAUCACCUACAAGAUGGAGAAGGUCUACAUCACUUUGAAAGAGAAAGAUGCAGAGCUUUACAUGAAGCUGCAAGAACAGAACAUCAAACCACAGUUUUUUGCUUUCCGCUGGCUAACACUCCUGCUGUCUCAAGAGUUCCUGCUGCCCGAUGUCAUUCGCAUCUGGGACUCCCUCUUCGCUGACGACAAUCGCUUUGACUUCCUCUUGCUGGUCUGCUGCGCCAUGUUGAUGCUCAUUCGAGAUCAACUGCUAGAAGGAGAUUUUACUUUAAAUAUGCGGCUUCUGCAGGACUACCCCAUCUCUGACGUUCACCUGAUUUUGAAGACAGCGAAGGACCUUCAAGACUCUAAAUAGCUCACCAAGCCAAAGGGUCUGUAGAUGUGAUGGCUGCUUGUCUCCUCUGUGGAAGACCUCUGAGUAAGUCCUGAGGAAAUAACAUUUCGUUUUGCCAGGCCCCAGUUCUUCUUCCUUUCCUCCAUCUUCUCAGCUGGAAAUGACUCCUCCUGGUAAUAUUGUUUUUGCAAGUGACUACACAGGGAGAUGAAGUCCAAGCCACGUCUUUCUGAAAGGGGCACGACGGUCCAGAAGCGGGUCUGUCUGCCCCAAAUCCAGGUAGGACUGACCUGGAAUUUGACUCGAUGGGGGAGAACGAACCCCAUUUAGAACUUCUUCUGCAAGAGGCUGCCAAAAGCAGACUCUGCAUGUUAGUCUUUGGGAUCAGCUGUUCUUCCCAGUUGCGUGGUGGUUCUCACUCUCAGUUUAGAUACCAGGACAUUUAGUCCAACGGCUUCCUUGUUGGAUUCCUCCUUUCUUUUUUCGGAGGCCGGCUUUUCUUGGAAGCUCAGCCCACGAGGGCAGAAGAAAGCUUUUUGGAGUGAUGCUGGAAAUGUCUUCUUAUCCAUUGCCUUAGAGUGGACAUAUUCCCUCCGUUGCAGCUGAAAUAUGGAGUACUCUAGAGGUGGACGUUCAAAGGCAAAACCAUGUCCUUGCUUCUCAAUUUAGGCUUUCUGUUGUGACCCUGUUGUGUUAUUUUAUGAUGUGUGAGCUUUCAGGCCAUGUGACAAUGAACUAGAUGUACUCUGCACACACUGGCCAAUGGGCCAGGGGCCAACCACGGGGCAUGUGGUGGAAAUCUGUUGGAAGGGCCAAACUCUGUACAGGUUGUUGAUCCAUGAAGAUGUGGAUGGGAAGAUACAACAGCUUGCAAGAGUUCUUCCCCAGGGGAGUUGGGCAGGGUCUGUCCAAAAUUGUUGGCACUGAAUGUUCAGUUUGUUCCUAGUGCAUUUCCAUCUAUUCUUUAACCCAAGUGAGAAAAAGCUUCCAGAGGCCCAUAAGCAAUAUUAUAACGGCUUCUAUUCCUCUCCCCCACUGAAAGCGAAGCUCUGGAGAUGAAAGCGAGGUGACUUAGAAUAGCUUGAGGUCAUUCACGGAGUUUUAGAAAACUUUGGGAGAAUUAGCUGCCAGAAUUAGCUGCAAGAGAAACAGCUGCUGAGAUGAAACGGCAGCAGAAGGGACUGCUGGUUUGGAUUGAUGCUGUCUUGGCUCUCUCUUAGAGCAUUUGGUAUUAAACUAUGGCCUUUCUCUUUUUUUUCUCUCUCUCUCUCUAGAUCAGUGUUUCUCAACCUUGGUGACUUUAAGAUGUGUGGACUUCAACUCCCAGAAUUCCCCAGCCAGCCAUGCUGGCUGGGGAAUUCUGGGAGUUGGAGUCCACACAUCUUAAAGUCACCAAGGUUGAGAAACACUGCUCUGGAUAGAUAUAGUGUCAUCACAAGUCAAAGCGCUAACUUUGAGCUUCUAUUCCAACCCUGCGGGAUCUCAGUUGUCCAAGGGUUGGAAGAACAUUAAGGGGUGGGGACCCGGUGUGAAUCUCUACUGCUUUACUAGCCUAAGGUCCUUACUAGCUUACAUUGGGGCUCUCCUACAAGCCUCAGGCCAGGUUCAGACAGCCUGGGCCUCUUGAUCCAUUGGGUUACAAUUUCCGUGCCCAUAAUCCGAAAGGCUGGGGUUUAUUGGAGCUGUAGUCCACUCCUGUAGCAAGCUUGAAGCAUCACUCCAUGUAUUGUUCGUACUAGGAGUUGGGAAUGUUGGGUUCACAGACCCAAUCUAGCCAGGAAAAGUUCUCCAUUUGGUUCACAAGACAUUGAGGGUGAUGCAUCCUCACCACCAAGACCACCAUCACAUCUCUAGGGAAAAGGAAGAGCUGGUAUCUCCCAUCAACAGCUGACUGGAGACAAGGACAUCUUCCUGCCCCCAAGCCUUAACAUAGUGUCCAUUGCAUACAGUGGUAGCUUUCUAGGCGCAAGAAGGCUUCUCAUGAGAGGCCCAUCCUGGCUGUUGAGCCUCCAUCACCUGUAUCCUGGUUCAGUAGUACAUCCCUUCCAGAUGGAUCAUCUUGGUGAACGCUGGGCUCAAAUGGACCUCUGGGCUUUGAGUUCUGCUAACAGCUCUAAUCCAGAUGUGCCUGCUGUGUCUUGGGAGGGGUGCUCAGUAAAACCAUAUCCUAACCCUCCCCUCCUACUUAGAUCUUCAAUAUUCUUUCCCUGCCUAUAAUUGGCUGUUUGUAGCACCCAAGCCCACCAUGAUGCUUUCACAAAAACAAUGGUGGCCACCUCAACAUUGUUCUGAUUAAAUUUGGAUGAGCUGGUUGCAAGGAUUCCCUCGGUGUGCACAAAUUAAUACAUUGAUACAGACCACAGCAAAGACCAUGGCUUGGACCCAUAUCAUAAUAAACAAGCCCAAAUGGAAACACCCUUCUUUGGGUGGACAAGAAUCAAGAUGUGGGUGUAAAAAAUGCUGUUUUUGAGAAUAGGAAGUAGAAGGUAACUCAAAGAAGUUUCCACGUGAUCGGCCUCUGUCAGCCUCCUUAUCAGAUUUAAAAGAGGAAGGUUGCCAUGACAUCUAAUUCACAGAUAAAUACAUUAUUCCCAUUUAAAGUGGCAGAACCAUAUCCUUGCCUGCCUAUACUCUGGGAAAGCCUAAAACUAAUAAUUUAGGGAAGGAAGGUUUUUCCUUGUGCUAGUUUUCUGCUUGCAGGAAGAAUUUUCCCCUCCAUAGAACAUGGACGAAAAGUGAUUACUUUCUCUGGCAGUUAAAACUGCAAGAGCCUAUUGAUCACUUUCAGAACUCUGCCGCGAUAAUAGCAUAUCAUUCUGGAUUAAUUGGGGUUCACAAAAAUUGACUAGGCCUUUGUGACAUUAAGGGACAUUUGUGACAUUUCCUCUACGGUAAAUGUAAUGUGUUGGGCGGGGGUGUUACUGUUUUCCUUGAAUAUAAUGUGGAAAUUGAGAGAUUAGAUCAGUGUUUCUCAACCUCAGCAGCUUUAAGAUGGGCGGACUUCAACUCCCAGAAUUCUCUAGCC